CACACGUCGCGGUAACACAGGAGGGAGUUGCGCACUUGGGCUUGCCCCCUACCUCCCCCUCCCCUCCCCUCUUCCCCUCUACUCUUGCUCGUUGGCCUUCUCGGUGUUGGUCAAGGCCUUGCUUCCGGACUGCCACUUCUUGCUGCUCACCCGCAACGGGCAUGCCGUGGCCGACGUCCAAGGUCUCGCCGCAGGCCCGCGCCGAACCCUCAGCAGAUUCAACGCAUACAGACCAGGAGAAUGUGUAUACGUCGUCGCAGCUGAUCACGGCGUCGUCUUCGUCGUCCUCGUCGUCGCCGCCGCCGGUCUCCAACUCGCAGCCCAUGGCCCCGACCGGGGCGCCACAACUCCCCGCGCCCGCACCUGGACACAACGGCCAGCCGCCGCCGCAACAUGCCCCCCAGUCAGCAGACCAGCCACGGUCUCGCCCGACAUCAGUCUCACCGAGCUCUGCUAAUGCACCAUAUAUGCCAAACACGAUCGUGCGCGGCUCGCCGUCGCGCCGCUCUGGGUCGUCAGCAACAUCGAUCGCCACCGAUACCUCGGUCAUUGCCCGCUUGCCGACCCACGCCAUAGGUACGACCAUCGUCAACGGGCUUUCGUCACGCCGGCGGUCGUCGAUUCGGUCGGCGCCGACCGAGUCGCUCGAAGACGUGCCCGAAGGCUGCGUCCUCUCCCACACGCGCGGGGAGUCACAGUUGCACACCAUUUUGGUGACUCAGGCCUCGAUCACACCGCGGCCAGCAGGCCUCGGCGCCGUAGCGGAGGCCAAGGGAUUUUCCACCCCGCAAAAGUCGCCGCCUGUCAUCAGGCCCAAGCUUGGCAGCAACCUCUCGCACCAGUCGUCGGUGAGCUCGCUGUUUGACGGCUCCGAGUCCGGCUGGGUCAACCACGACCCAGCCAUGAUGGAGCUUCCGCUCUCAUCGCGACUGCACGAGUCGUCGGGCUCGUCCGUGCUCGCCUCCAACCGCGGCCACGAACACCUCUCGCAGAGCGAAGGCGUAGUUUACUCGAUGGGGGCUGGACCUGUCGGUGCGCCUGAUGAUGGACAGGCUGGGCAGGGGAGCUCGGCCGCGCGCGGAAUCGUCAAGCUGUGCGGCCACGAGAUGGAGAUACCCUGGCUCCGCGAGUCGUAUCUGCCUCGCACCUCGCUUCGCGACUUUCACUGGCAGCAGGAGCGAGUCCUAGUUCUUGCCACCACGAUCAUCAUGCUCAUGCUCAUUUUGAUCCGCCUCACCAACCUCACUACUGAAGGCGACGAGCCGCUGAUGGCCGUCUCGUUUGGCGUCCUCUUUACAUUCACCCUUGUCCCGCUCACGCUGGCGCUCCCAUGUGUGGUAGACCAGUCGCGGUACGGCCUGCUCAUGCGGAUGUGGGCCGUCGCCGCCUGCUACUUUACGUGUCUCAUCCAAACAGCGACGAGCAACCAAGCGUUUUGGAUUCUCCUUCCGCUCCCCAUCCCGCUCUUUGUCCUCUCGCCGCGCUACGCCGGCGUCGCCAUCGUCGUCAUUUACGUUGUCUCGCUCGGUGUCCUGGUUGGCGCUGACAUCGAGCGCGACGGCGACUCGCUUGUCCGCUACGCUCUGGCGCUCACCGGCUGCACCAUUAUCUUUGGCAUCCAUACUUUUAUGCUAAUGUGGCGGAAUCGCGAGGCCGUUAUCUGGGAGAAGCUGUAUGGUGUGGUGCUCAACGGAACGUUUGAAGGCAUUGUCCUCCUCGACGAUCGGCUCCUCAUCCGCCGCUACAACCUCAUCAUGCUUCAGAUGUUUGGCUCGUCGACACUGCUCGACGGCCAGCCGCUGGAGAACAUCAUUGCGCCUCACGACCGCGCGCGCCUCCUCGCCGCCCUCGAGGCGGCGGCCUCGUCGCGGAUGCUCAUCGAGGUCGAAGCCCAGGCCGGGCCCGGCGCGCCGUCGUUCCCUGUUGAGGUCUCCAUCAUGCGCAUCUCCGGCUUUGUCAUUUGCUCUCUCCGCAAUAUGAUCCACCGCAAGGAGAUCGAGAACAUGCUGCUCGAGGCCAAAGAGUCAGAGCUCAUUGCCAAAGAGUCGCUCAUCCAGGAGGCGCGCCGGCAAGCCCAGAUGAAGUCUUCGUUUGUCUCCACCGUCACCCACGAGCUCCGCACUCCGCUCAACGCCGUCAUCGGCAUGUCGCAGAUUCUGUCGUCGAUGCGGCUCAACGCCGAGCAGGCCAACUGCGCAGAAGUCAUCCGGACCGCCUCGGAGUCGCUUCUCGACCUUGUCAACGACAUCCUCGACAACGAGAAGAUCGACGCCGACGCCUUUGAGUUUGAGGAGCGCCACUGUGACCUCAACGGCAUUGUCUGGUCCUCGCUUUCCAUCGUUGCGCCCAAGGCCUUUGAAAAGUCGGUCGAAAUCGGGUAUCGCGCGGCGCCCGACCUGCCGCCGGCUGUCACCGGCGACCCCUCGCGGUACAAGCAAGUGCUCCUCAAUCUUCUCUCCAACGCCGUCAAGUUUACGCCGGGUGGCGGGCACGUCAUUGUCACCGUCUCAGCCACGCGCCUUGCCGACUCGGACGACAUUGUUGUUGAGACGCGAGUCAUCGACUCUGGCAUCGGCAUUGCGCCCGAGGAAAUGUCGCGCCUGUUUGUGCCGUUUGGCCAGGCCGCGGUCUCGACCCAGCGCGAGUACGGUGGAACCGGGCUGGGCCUUUCCAUCUCGCGCAAGCUCGCCCAGCGCAUGGGCGGCGACAUUGCGGUCAAGUCCAAGAAGAACCGUGGGACCACGUUUUCGUUCACCGCCACCUUUGGUUCGGUCAUUGCCCCGGGCUCGUCGCUCAUGCGCGACGAGCUCCGCCUCGCUGUUCCGGGCAAUGUUGUCGUUGUCUACCGCAACAAGCGCAUCCGCUCCAUCAUCCGUCGCCAGAUGGAAGACUGGAACAUCGAAGUUCAGAUGGCCGGCACACUCGACGACGUCAAGCCCAAGCCUGGCACCGUUGCCUGCCUCAUCCUCGAGGCCGAGUACAUCAAGAACUCGGCCAUCGGCUCGAUGCUCGCUGAAAACUUCCCCACCGUCGUCAUCACCAUCCCGGGUGCCGAGCACGAGCUUCUCACCUCGCUCUCGAAGACCGCCAAGGCUCUGACGGCGGUGAACAAGCCGCUCUCAUGGGAGCAGCUCAAGCGGGCUAUGAUUGACUCGACCACCAUCUUUGCUCACGCUACACGCCCGCAGGUGCCUGGCACCUCAGCCCCAGCGCCGGCCAUGAUCCGCUCGGCCGAUGGACCCAUCUCGCCGCGUGCCACCUCGUCUGUAUCGGGCCGCAAUGUCGACCAGUCAGGCAACGAAGGUGACGGCGCCAAGUUUGACGGCGUCCGCUCCUCGUCCGCCGUCGGAAAUGCUAUCACCUCGCAUCCGCCCAACGGCCUCGCCACCUCGUCAUCAGGCACUAUGUCCGGUCGCAACAUCUCGUUUCUCGGCGGUGCUGCCGCGAUGGCGGCCUCGGCCAUGGCUUCGCUUGUUGAACAGCCGUAUGAGAACUCCAACUCGUCAGGCCGCCUGGUACGGUCCACCGGCUCCGGAACGGCGGCCGGGAGCUCGGACUACGGCGGCGGUGGUGGGAGCGGAGUGACAUCUGUGGGUGGUGGUGGGAGCGGUGACGGCCUAGCCUCGCCGCGCUCGACUGCGAGCAAUGCACCAAGUCGGCAGCUGCCCGUUGUAGAUGCAGAUGCCGUCAAGAAGGCCAUGCGCAUCGCGGUUGUCGACGACGAGCCGCUCUCGGCACGGGUAUCGGGCCAGCUGGUGAAGGCGGUUGGCUACGUCAACGUUGAUGUCUUUACCAAGGGCGCCGACCUUGUGGAGAAGCAUAGCGCGGACCCGUACCACAUCAUCUUCCUCGAUCUGCACAUGCCAGGUAUGGACGGCUACGAGACGGCGACCCGAAUUCUAGCAACCGACGUGCCCAAGGAGCGCACGCCGGCACUGCUGGCGCUGUCAGGCACGUCUGUGGCCGAGGAAAUGACGCGGGCCAUCAACGUUGGAUUUCUGGAGGUGGUGGGCAAGCCGCUGCGGCUUGACACGCUUGCCCAGGUCCUCGACCGGGUUUCAUCCUCGCUGCGGCUCACAGUGGUGCCGCUCUCGCGGCGGGCGUCGCUGGUCGCGGGCACGCCAUCGAGCCCACCGCCGCCAUCGUCGGCGUCUAAGCCGCCUGCCGCUCGGGCGUCGUCGGUCUCGUCACUUCGCUCAUACCAGUCAGGCGUCUCGGGCGAGGACGCCAACGAUGCGCCGGUCCGAUCCAUCAUGGCGCUGACAAUGGAUACCAAGGGCGACACGUUUGUGGACGAAGCGCGCUCGCUCUUCUCGGCACCUGACUCGGUCCCAGCCGGGCCGCCACCGGUCAUCCUUGUUGUCGACGGAAACACCGUCCAUGCCACGUCGAUCUGCACCAUGCUUCGUCGUUUCCGCCUCGAUGCGCAGUCGAUCUCGUCGGGCGAGGCCGUCAUCGAAAAGUGGCGCUCAUACCGCAAGGGCACGGUCAAAAUCAUCCUCAUGUCGCUCAUCCUUCCCGACACUGACGGCUCGGCCGUCACCUCGCAGAUCCGCGAGAUCGAGUACGCGCUCAACCUCCCGCCCGUCCCCAUCAUCAUCAUGGGCACUAAGACGCAGUCGCCGCUCUUCCGCAGGUGCGAGGCCGCCGGUGCCACUGAGUGUGUGACCAAGCCCAUCCAUCGCGCCCACCUCGUGCAAAAGCUCCGCCAGUACAUUGUGCUCGUCCGCGAGCGCUCAAUGUCAUCAGAUCUGCUCGGCCCGGGCGAGCGGCACAAUCACUCGUUCACCUCGCAGUCGAACACGUCGGGGUGGAUCUCCAUCCCAGCCUCGCAUGCCUCGUCGUUUGUCCACAACGCCGCACCAGUGUCCGACGAUGUCCAGGCCGAGAUCCUCAACAAGCUCCAUCCGCCGGAAGAGAUUCUCUCGUCGCACUCAAACUCAUCUUCAUCAGAAGUCACCCCGCUCGGCUCCAGUGUCACCGUCGGCUCGACGCACUCGCGCUCGUGCACUGGCGCGUCGUCGGUCUCGUUCGACUGCAACUGCACCAACCCAGACCUCGCCAACUUUGUUAAUGCCUCGCGCCGUGCAUCGGUCGUCAAGCCACCCGCCCGCUCGCCUUCGGGCAACUCGCUCGCGCCUCCUGCUCAGGGCAAGCCCAAGGCCAAGUCCCCAGCGAAGUCCCCAGCCAAGCCCAAGCGCAACGGCAAGUCACAAGCGGCGUCGAGCACGUCGAUCGAGUCGUCGAAGACCAAGUCGACGAGCAAGUCGAAGACCAAGUCGAAGACCAAGUCAACGAGUAAGUCGACGAGAAAGUCGAAGAGCAAGGUGAGUAAGUCGCAGAGUAAGUCGAUCGAUGCGUCAAAGGAGUAG